GGAAGAUGGCCGCCUAGGCGCCGAGCCUCGGGCCCGAGCGGCGGCCUUGGCCUGGGGUCGCGGCCCGCGCCACCAUGACGCGCUGGGUGCCCACCAAGCGGGAGGAGAAAUACGGCGUGGCUUUUUAUAACUACGAUGCCCGGGGUGCAGACGAGCUCUCUUUGCAAAUAGGAGACACCGUGCACAUCCUCGAGACCUACGAAGGGUGGUACAGAGGUUACACCUUAAGGAAAAAGUCUAAGAAGGGCAUAUUUCCUGCUUCAUAUAUUCAUCUUAAAGAAGCGAUAGUUGAAGGAAAAGGGCAACAUGAGACUGUCAUCCCAGGUGACCUCCCCCUCAUACAGGAAGUCACCACCACGCUGCGAGAGUGGUCCACCAUCUGGAGACAGCUCUACGUGCAAGAUAAUAGGGAGAUGUUCCGAAGUGUGCGGCACAUGAUCUAUGACCUGAUUGAGUGGCGCUCACAGAUCCUUUCUGGAACUCUGCCCCAGGAUGAGCUCAAAGAGCUGAAGAAGAAGGUCACAGCCAAAAUUGAUUAUGGAAACAGAAUUCUGGAUUUGGAUCUGGUGGUACGAGACGAAGACGGGAACAUUUUGGACCCAGAGCUGACUAGCACAGUUAGUCUCUUCCGAGCUCAUGAAGUAGCUUCCAAGCAAGUGGAGGAGAGGUUACAGGAAGAAAAAUCCCAGAAGCAGAACCUGGACAUGAACCGGCAGGCGAGAUUCGCCGCCACCCCUUCCCUGGCCUUGUUUGUCAACCUCAAGAAUGUCGUCUGUAAAAUAGGAGAAGAUGCUGAGGUCCUCAUGUCCCUGUAUGACCCCACGGAGUCCAAGUUCAUCAGUGAAAACUACCUGGUUCGUUGGUCAAGUUCUGGAUUACCUAAAGACAUAGACAGAUUACAUAAUCUUCGUGCUGUUUUCACAGACCUCGGAAGCAAAGACCUGAAAAGGGAGAAAAUUAGUUUCGUGUGUCAGAUUGUCCGCGUGGGCCGCAUGGAGCUGAGGGACAGCAACACGAGGAAGCUGACCUCGGGACUGCGGAGGCCUUUCGGCGUGGCAGUGAUGGACGUGACGGACAUAAUCAGUGGGAAAGUAGAUGACGAAGAUAAGCAGCACUUCAUUCCCUUCCAGCCGCUCGCAUUGGACGACGCCACUCGACACAAGCCGCUGAACAUGUCAUCCCGUUUUUCACCCAGGGUAGCAGGGGAGAACGACUUCCUUCAGACUGUUAUAAACAAAGUCAUCGCUGCCAAAGAAGUCAACCACAAGGGGCAGGGUCUGUGGGUGACGCUGAAAUUACUUCCUGGAGACAUCCAUCAGAUUCGAAAGGAGUUUCCUCAUUUGGUGGACAGGACCACAGCCGUGGCCCGCAAGACGGGGUUUCCUGAGAUCAUCAUGCCUGGUGAUGUUCGAAAUGAUAUCUAUGUGACAUUAGUUCAAGGAGAUUUUGAUAAAGGCAGCAAGACGACUGCAAAGAAUGUAGAGGUGACAGUGUCUGUCUAUGAUGAAGAUGGAAAACGACUAGAGCACGUGAUUUUCCCUGGUGCUGGUGACGAGGCCAUCUCCGAGUACAAAUCAGUGAUCUACUAUCAAGUGAGGCAGCCACGCUGGUUCGAGACCCUAAAGGUGGCCAUCCCCAUCGAGGAUGUAAACCGGAGUCACCUUCGUUUCACCUUCCGCCACAGAUCAUCACAAGACUCUAAGGAUAAAUCUGAGAAAAUAUUUGCACUUGCAUUUGUGAAGCUGAUGAGGUAUGAUGGGACCACCCUCAGAGACGGGGAGCACGACCUUAUUGUUUAUAAGGCUGAAGCCAAGAAGCUGGAAGACGCAGCCACGUACUUGAGCCUCCCGUCCACGAAAGCAGAGCUGGAAGAGAAGGGCCACUCAGCCACGGGCCGGGGCCUGCAGAGUCUGGGGAGCUGCGCCAUCAGUAAAGACUCCUUUCAGAUCUCUACACUGGUGUGCUCCACCAAACUGACCCAGAACGUGGACCUCCUGGGGCUGCUGAAGUGGAGAUCCAACACCAACCUGCUGCAGCAGAACCUGAGGCAGCUGAUGAAAGUGGACGGAGGCGAGGUGGUGAAGUUCCUGCAGGACACCCUGGAUGCCCUUUUUAACAUCAUGAUGGAGAACUCCGAGAGUGAGACCUUUGAUACUCUGGUGUUUGAUGCUCUGGUCUUUAUCAUUGGACUCAUUGCUGACCGGAAGUUCCAGCACUUCAACCCCGUUUUAGAAACCUACAUCAAGAAGCACUUCAGUGCAACGUUAGCCUACACGAAGCUGACCAAGGUCCUGAGGACUUAUGUGGACAACGCUGAGAAGCCGGGGGUCAGUGAGCAGCUGCACAAGGCCAUGAAAGCGCUGGAGUUUGUCUUCAAGUUCAUCGUGCGCUCACGGAUCCUGUUCAAUCAGCUGUACGAGAACAAAGGUGAGGCUGACUUCGUGGAGUCCUUGUUGCAGCUGUUCCGGUCUAUCAACGAUAUGAUGAGCAGCGUGUCGGAGCAGACAGUCAGGGUGAAGGGGGCAGCACUGAAAUACUUGCCGACCAUUGUCAACGAUGUGAAGCUGGUGUUUGAUCCCAAGGAGCUCAGCAAAAUGUUCACCGAGUUUAUCCUGAAUGUCCCUGCGGGUUUGCUGACCGUUCCGAAGCUCUAUUGCUUGAUCGAAAUUGUACACAGUGACCUCUUCACACAGCAUGACUGCAGAGAGAUCCUGCUCCCCGUGAUGACCGAGCAGCUCAAGCACCACCUGGAGAGGCAGGAGGACCUGGAGGCUUGCUGCCAGCUGCUCAGCAACAUCCUGGAAGUGCUGUACCGGAGGGAUGUGGGGCCGACACAGAGGCACGUCCAGGUCAUCAUGGAGAAGCUUCUCCGGACAGUGAACCGCACCGUCAUCUCCAUGGGAAGGGAUUCCGAGCUCAUCGGGAGCUUCGUGGCUUGCAUGACAGCUAUUUUACGACAGAUGGAAGACUACCAUUACGCUCACCUGAUCAAGACCUUCGGGAAAAUGCGGACUGACGUCGUGGAUUUUCUGAUGGAAACAUUCAUCAUGUUUAAGAACCUCAUUGGGAAGAAUGUCUACCCUUUCGACUGGGUGAUAAUGAACACCAUGCAGAACAAAGUCUUCCUGCGAGCAAUUAAUCAGUAUGCAGAUAUGCUGAACAAGAAAUUUCUGGAUCAAGCCAACUUUGAGUUACAGCUGUGGAACAACUACUUUCACCUGGCUGUUGCAUUCCUCACUCAAGAGUCCCUGCAGCUGGAGAAUUUUUCAAGUGCUAAGAGAGCCAAGAUCCUCAACAAGUAUGGAGACAUGAGGAGGCAGAUCGGCUUUGAGAUCAGAGACAUGUGGUACAAUCUGGGUCAACACAAGAUAAAGUUUAUUCCGGAAAUGGUUGGCCCCAUAUUGGAAAUGACACUAAUUCCCGAGACGGAACUGCGCAAAGCCACCAUCCCCAUCUUCUUUGAUAUGAUGCAGUGUGAGUUCCACUCGACGCGCAGCUUCCAGAUGUUUGAAAACGAGAUCAUCACCAAGCUGGAUCAUGAAGUGGAAGGAGGCAGAGGCGACGAGCAGUACAAAGUGUUAUUUGAUAAGAUCCUCCUGGAGCACUGCAGGAAGCACAAGUACCUCGCGAAGACAGGGGAGACGUUUGUGAAGCUGGUCGUGCGGCUGAUGGAGCGGCUGCUGGACUACAGGACCAUCAUGCACGACGAGAACAAGGAGAACCGCAUGAGCUGCACCGUGAACGUGCUGAAUUUCUACAAAGAAAUCGAAAGAGAAGAGAUGUAUAUAAGGUACCUGUACAAGCUGUGCGACCUUCACAAGGAGUGUGACAACUACACAGAGGCGGCGUACACCUUGCUUCUCCAUGCGAAGCUUCUCAAGUGGUCAGAGGAUGUGUGUGCGGCCCACCUCACUCAGCGAGACGGGUUCCAGGCGACGACACAGGGUCAGCUCAAAGAGCAGCUCUACCAGGAAAUCAUCCACUACUUCGACAAAGGCAAGAUGUGGGAGGAAGCCAUCGCACUGGGCAAGGAGCUCGCUGAGCAGUACGAGACAGAGAUGUUUGACUAUGAGCAGCUCAGCGACCUGCUGAAGAAACAGGCUCAGUUUUACGAAAACAUCGUCAAGGUGAUCAGACCAAAGCCCGACUAUUUUGCAGUCGGCUACUAUGGACAAGGGUUCCCCUCCUUCCUCAGGGGAAAAGUUUUCAUUUACCGAGGAAAAGAGUAUGAGCGACGAGAAGAUUUUGAAGCCCGGCUCUUAACUCAGUUUCCCAAUGCUGAGAAAAUGAAGACAACAUCUCCACCGGGCGAUGAUAUCAAGAACUCUCCUGGCCAGUAUAUUCAGUGUUUCACAGUAAAGCCCAAGCUGGAUUUGCCCCCCAAAUUUCACCGGCCUGUGUCUGAGCAGAUAGUGAGUUUUUAUAGGGUAAAUGAGGUCCAGCGAUUUGAAUACUCUCGGCCAAUACGGAAAGGAGAGAAAAACCCAGACAAUGAAUUUGCGAACAUGUGGAUCGAGAGAACCAUUUACACCACAGCGUAUAAACUUCCAGGAAUCUUAAGGUGGUUUGAGGUCAAAUCUGUCUUCAUGGUGGAGAUCAGCCCUCUGGAGAAUGCCAUCGAGACCAUGCAGCUGACCAAUGACAAGAUCAGCAGCAUGGUCCAGCAGCACCUGGACGACCCGGGCCUGCCCAUCAACCCGCUCUCCAUGCUCCUGAAUGGCAUCGUGGACCCGGCGGUCAUGGGAGGCUUUGCCAAUUAUGAGAAGGCCUUCUUCACAGAACGCUACCUGCAGGAGCACCCUGAGGCCCAUGGACAGAUCGAGAAGCUCAAGGAUCUGAUAGCCUGGCAGAUUCCAUUUUUGGCUGAAGGGAUCAGGAUCCAUGGAGACAAAGUCACAGAGGCCUUGAGGCCGUUCCAUGAGCGGAUGGAAGCCUGCUUCAAGCAGCUCAAGGAGAAGGUGGAGAAGCAAUAUGGUGCCAGAGCCAUGCCCUCAGGCCUGGACGACCGACGAGGCAGCCGUCCCCGUUCCAUGGUGCGAUCCUUCACCAUGCCGUCAUCGUCCCGUCCCCUGUCUGUGGCUUCUGUGUCCUCCCUCUCCUCCGACAGCACCCCUUCCCGGCCGGGCUCUGAUGGGUUUGCCCUGGAGCCUCUGCUGCCAAAAAAGAUGCAUUCCAGGUCCCAGGACAAGCUGGACAAGGAUGACCCAGAGAAGGAGAAGAAGGACAAGAGGAAGGAGAAGAGGAACAGCAAGCACCAGGAGAUGCUUGACAAGGACUUCAAGCCCGCCGACGUGCCCCUGCAGCAGUCGGAGGCCGUGAUUCUCUCAGAAACGAUAAGCCCCCUUCGGCCCCAGAGACCCAAGAGUCAGGUGAUCAGUGUCAUCGGAAGUGAACGGCGCUUCUCCGUGUCUCCGACAUCACCGUCCUCCCAGCACACCCCCCCUCCAGUCACGCCAAGGGCCAAGCUCAGCUUCAGCAUUCAGUCCAGUCUGGAGCUGAACGGCACGGCUGGGAUGGACAUGGCUGAUGUACCACCCCCUCUGCCUCUCAAAGGCAAUGUGGCAGAUUACGGGAACCUGAUGGAAAACCAGGACUUGAUGGGCUCGCCCACCCCUCCGCCCCCUCCUCCCCACCAGAGGCACCUGCCACCUCCACUGCCCAGUAAAACUCCCCCGCCUCCUCCUCCGAAGACGACCCGCAAGCAGGCCUCGGUGGAUUCUGGCAUCGUGCAGUGACGGCCGGGGAGAGCAGGCUGUGCCCCUCCCUGUCUUCUGUGCCUAAUGACUGCCUCCGUGGGCCCGAGACACCUCGCUUCCAGCGCAGUGGCCUUUCCUGAGGAGUCCUUUAAGCAAGAGGCCCUGAGCACCACGGAGCACAGUGGCAUUGGGACCAGGAUGUACAUGGCACGUAUUAAAGUGGACCCCUCUUGCCCGUCAGUCUUUGAGACGGCCUCAGUCUUGCCCUAACGUCCUUGCCUUUUGUGCCAAAUGACUUACAUUCAUUUCCAGAGCGCUUGGCUGACCCGAGUUAAGCCAAGCAGGAGGGAUGCGGCCAGAGCCCAGGAGAAGCUGCGCAGUGACCGCAUCAGGCCCUCUGUUCCCUCGGCAGCCCAGGCCCAGGCUGGCUGCCCAGGGCUUCCGCUCAGCCCCUUACUGCCACGCCUGUGGGGUGACUUUGUGUCCGCUGAAAAAUAUCUUUGGCUGACAUCAGGCGACUGAGUUCAACCCUGCAGGGAAGUUCUUGGAUUUUCUUGGCAUAAUUUAAAAUAGGAUGUUUCUCAGCUACUGAACAGUUACUAAUUUAUGGAGUAGAACCACCAUGAAGAAUACUGGAUCAAGUGGAAGAUAAAUAUGAGCAUAGGAAAACAAAUGUCCGUUCUUUUUGGCAAAUGAGUAUGUCUGUCACAAGUGAUGGUUUGCGUUGGGUAACUCUUGGGUUCUCAUCUGUACAGACGUUUGUAUAUAUAUAUGCUGGUUCUUGAAACUUGUUUUCAUGUUGUGGCCCUUCUGUAUAUUGCAGUAGGCAUCUGAAAAUGGUCCUCGGUAUGUUUUGUUAAUUCUUAACUGCUGGAUAUGUAUAAAAAAAAGAAAAAAGAAAAAAAAGCAAAUCCUACAAGUUAAAUUUGGUAUUAUUUUUAGAGCUCUAAGUCCAAAAAUGUUGGUAGAAAAGAAUUUUUUAAAAAAUUUAAAAAAGGAAACUAACUUUGUAUAACCUAAUGGUUUUACUCUGUCAUCUAUAUUUUUUUAUUCACUGCAAUCUUGAUGCUGUUCUAGUAGCUUCCAGGUUAAUCAGCAACAAGGAAAAAUAAAGCUUUAUUUAAACAGA